AUGCUGUCUCUGGCAACUCAGCGUGCUCCCCGUCUCUGCAUAGCGGACCAUGCGCUGAGCACGACGCUUCCGGAGGCUUUUCCACACGUACUGGUUGCCCUGUCCGUCAACGCACUGGAAAGCAUGCGUAGCGAUGCGUCGAAGCGGAAUAUCCGCACGGCGGUUUCGCCGGCGCAGAUAAAGCGGAUGGUCGUGGAUGCGCGGUGGAACUUGGUGGAUGAGGAAAUUGUCCAGCCAGGGCCCGGGCAGCGAGAUGGAGAGAGGGAGGUUUGGAUGGGCUUGCAUCCGGUUUUUGAUAGUCAUGUGGAGCUACUGGACGUUGAGGACAGGGUAAAGAGUAUGCUUCUUGGUAUGAAAGAUGCUGUGGCGAGCUCUGUUGAAAAAUUAGAGGGUGGUCUGGCGGGUGUGCGGAAUAUGGAUGUUUGGGCGGCGAGGUUCGAAAGGGGGAACGCAAGCGAGCUUGCAUCUUAG